UGCGAGCCUCCAUCCUACACACUAGUCGUUUCCUAAUCGAUCAAGGAGAAAAUAGCAGCUCAGAAAUGAGGUGCUUACUUGCGAUUAUCUUAACUGUCCUCUUGGUCGCGGCAGAGGGCAAGGUUGUUCCAACUAGCGACGUCGAAAACCAACAGACUGGCACGCAACAACCCCUUCAAUUGUCGGAUCAUAUCAAGGAGGCUCAAAAUGUCAUCAACAACUUGAGCGCUCAGCUUCAGCAGCAGCUCAAUUUGCCUAACCAAGAGGAUUUUCUCAAUACCAUUAAAGAGCAGAGUACUAACUUGGCCAACAAUGUCCAAGCAUAUCUCAAGAACGUGACUGACGAGAUCAAGGCCAAGAGUCCCGAGUUGGAAAAUCUUUGGACAAGUAUGAAGAACAAGCUGUCCGAAACGUUUGACAAUCUAAAUGUCAAUCCUGAAACGACAGAGCAGGUGAAUCAGCUACGUGUCAAGUUCCAAGAGGGUGUUCAGACUCUCGUGACAGAAUCGGAGAACGCCGCCAAGGCUAUCAGUGAGAAUUCCAGCAAGGUUCAAGAGGGUAUCGCCAAGUUUACUAAGCAGGCAGUCGACAUCGCCGUGCAGGCUUCGCAAAACUUAAACCAACAGUUGCAGCAGGUUACGACUCCGCAACCACAAAAUUAAGACCAAAUUAUUCUAUUGCAAUUAUUCGUAUGUGAAACGUUAUGCAUCUGGGACAAAUUUGUGUCAAGAGAUCCACGUUCCCCAAGUCAAUCUGAGUAAUUUCACACAUCAUAUCAUAAAUAUAUUUGAUAACUGACAAAUGAUUGUUAAUAAAAGUACUUGAUUGUUC